GGCAAGAAGAGUGUCAAUAAGUAUGCCAUAUUUUAUUCUUCACUUUCACAUGCAUAUUUGUGAACGAAGUUUUUUAGGGAAGAUUAAUUAUGGAUAAGUAUUCUAUAAAAAUGUAAUAUUAAAAUAAUUCAAAAAUUUAUGAAACUGGUAAAUAUAAUUAUUUUUAUAAAUUUAAUAAAAUUAUUAAAAUAUUAAUGGCAGAAAAAUUAUGAUACAGUGUAUAACUAUUCAAGUGGAUCCCUCACCUCUCUAUAUAUCUUUUGAGCUCUCUGGGAUAUUUCUUUGAUUUUGUUGAUGAAAAAAAUGGGGUCAGAAGAGAAAGCUAUGGAGGAGGAACAUAGCCUUCAACAGGUUGAAGAUUCAUUAGAAAUAACCGAGGAAACAGCUUGUGUUCAUAAUAGACGGAGAAGUGGUCUCGUUCUAGAGAUACCCUCAAGACCUUUGGAAGAACCCUGUCAAGAAUCCGUGGCAAUAAAGAUUCCCCCAACACCUAGUUUGACUCCCAGGAGAGUGAAUUUUUUCUUGACACCUAGUCCCUCCGAUGCGAGAAUUACGGGGUCCUCGGGUCCUUCCUCGUCGAGAGGCAAGUCGUCCUUGAAGAGUCUUUUACCAAAAGUAAGCUUUAAGCAUAGAAAUCCUAAUUCAGACAUCGAAAAGGCCGCAAACUUUGACCCCGAAUCUUCUUCUAGUUCACAAGGGGAGAAACCCGUCAUUGCAAGUACAUUGUCGCUUACAAAGAUAUUUACUCCUCAGAUGAAAAGGACAUCCUCGAUGCCUGUAACUCGUAUUGCACAUUUGAACUCGGAGUCUGCAAUCACUGGAAGCCUAAGUAUUUCUAAUAGAAAGGGAAGCAUGUGGCAGUUUUCUCGCUCACUUUCACUUCCUCUCAACCGCAAAGAAGGAAACUUAAGGAGAAUGGAUUCAUUUUUUCGUGUGGUUCCCUCAACUUCACGAGUAAAGGAUGGAGAAAUAAACUCGAAUGCUUCGGUGGGACCUGAUACUGAAAACAGUGAUCAUGAUGGUGAGGACAUACCCGAAGAAGAGGCUGUUUGCCGAAUUUGUCUGGUUGAACUAUGUGAAGGAGGUGAAACGCUUAAGAUGGAAUGCAGCUGCAGAGGCGAACUCGCUUUGGCCCACAAAGACUGUGCUGUGAAAUGGUUUACCAUCAAAGGGAACAAGAACUGUGAUGUGUGUAACCAAGAGGUCCAGAACCUACCCGUCACUCUUCUACGAAUCCAAAGUACUCGACCUCAAAAUGUUGGAGCUGGUGUUCCAGGAUACAGGGUUUGGCAUGAGGUCCCUAUUCUUGUUUUCCUCAGCAUGCUAUCAUAUUUUUGUUUCCUUGAGCAGCUUCUGAUUGUUAAAAUGGGCAUAGGUGCAAUUGCUAUAUCUCUUCCAUUCGCCUGUGUGAUAGGCCUCCUUUCAUCCAUGACUUCAUCAACAAUGGCUACACGAAGAUUUGUCUGGAUUUACGCAUCGAUUCAAUUUGUUUUGGUGGUCAUCUUUGCUCAUAUAUUUUAUUCGCAGGUGAAGGUACAAGCAAUACUAUCAAUUCUCCUCGCAACGUUUUCCGGGUUUGGUGUCACAAUGAGUGGGAGUUCCAUCAUCGUUGAGAUCCAACGAUGUAGCAGAAGAUGGCAGCGGGCUAGGUUAGAGCAGCAACAGCAUAGUUCACAAGUGAUAACUCGAGCUCCGGUCCAAUCCCCUAGAGCUGUUAAUUCGCCUCGGACGGAUCCUAAUAACGUAAACCAGCAAAAUACAGAAACUGUUCGGUGGGAGCUGAAUUAAUUGCAGGUUCUCCAACACUACAUUAUGAAAUUUAUCCAGAUUUCAUUUAGGCCAAAAUGGAAAGGGGUAUAUAAUGAAAUACAUGGUUGCAAUUUUGCAUUGUUUUACUGCGGUUUCUUGUUUCCCAAGGCUGUAAAAUGCUUUUUUUUUAGAGUUUAGGUAGUGAAGAAGCAAAGGAAAAAUUAGGGUUGAAGUAAACUUAGUUUAAUGGUCGAGAAAUUUGCUCGGCCUAGAAUGUCUAAUUUGGGUUUAGAUAAGUUUUUUUCCCUAAAUAUAUUGGGAGGUAAGAUAGGAUUUGUGUGAGAUAUUAUUUACUAAUUAAAAUUUAAUUUUUAAAAUAAAAAAUGAAAAUUGUAAUAUAAAAAUUAAA